CCACAAUCCACUCCUCCAGAGACGUGAUUAACCCGACGCCAACGACCAUCGCUCCCUCAUAUGGUCCAUGUCAACGAUUCUCCUGAACCCUCGCCAUGCACUACCUUCCACUCGGUCCUUCCUUUACCGCAGCAAUGUCCGCUUCGCCUUCCUCAAUCACGUAUCCAACUCGCUGUCCACUUCGAGUCCUCGAAACUCUCCCUCGAGACCACCUGCAAGAUGCCACCUAGAAAUCAUGUGUCCUGGCAUAUUCUCAGACAAGCCACAGUAUCCCAACAUCAAUCUACGGCCACACCGAAUAGACGCUGCACAAGGGCCUGGCCUGGCAAGCCUACGACCUCCGCACUUUGAAUACGUCGAGAAGCCGGAAUCCUAUCUUCCUCUCCAGUUACUCACAUAUUGGUAUCGCUUAGCAGGAGCGUACGCCAGAUUCUAUACUGCUAGCUUUGGCAAAAUCACGGGAAAUCUCAAGGAGAGAAUAGCGAUUGAGAAGCGUCUUGGUACAUGGUCAAGGAGCAAAAUCAGCAUCUGUACAGUGGCCAUGAUUGGCGGGACUCAGGAUAUGCCAGAACUUACAAGACGUGAAUUCCAAUUGUGCAUGCGUCUGGACCAUGGCUUUUUCCGUCGCCGGACAAGUACCCAACUGAGACGCCUCAAGUCCAGGCUUAAGAGCUUCGAAACCUUCCACGCCCAAUAUUUCCGGAAUAUCGAGAUUGUCGACGAAGAUUCCGGCGGUCGUGGGUGGCGUGGCGUCCUGGAUCGACGUAGCAUCCAUUGGAGCGAUGUUUUGAGAAGUUGUAAACCAACCCUUCGUCAUUAUUUGAUGCUGGAUCUUUGGAGGGUUACUGCUUAUUUGUCGGCCAGAGCUGCUAAAUGGAUCCCUGAUAGCUGGACCGGAUCAGUCUACAAUGACAUUAUGUUUUCUGGAGGCCAUGGGGAGCGUCAAUUUGAAAUUUUGGCAGACACAAUAUUAAUCUUGCGCGAAGGCGGUUUCAGCAAGUUGUCUGCAGAAGAUAUUGCUGAUUACUGCUUGCGAUCCGGCUCAUUCAUCUUCUUCGGUUUCGUCAGAGAGGCCGUGACACAGAAGAACAACCCGGUCACAGAGGCCAUGAGAAGGGUCGUGGUCCCGCGUUUGGAGCAGCAUGCAAGGCGGAUGGUGGAAUGCGACUGGCAGAGACUGCCUCUUCACUUGCGUUUCAUGCAAGAACAACUCGUUCGCUCUUCAGAUCCCAAGGCUGCAGAAAGCUGGGUCUACCAGGGCUAAGUGAGACGCCAUCAGAAGGUGCGAAAUGAGUCAUUUCGUAUCAUCUGGCUCGAAGAUAUGGGCGCUCCAUUGUGGAAUUUUAUACGCCAUUCAGACCCCCAUGCCGCCAGACCAUGG